AUGGGGCCUGCCUGGGCCCGGGCCCACUCAACAAGUGACCUCUGGCUGCCUCUCCUCUGGCUACUCCUGUCCGCAGUCUGCUGCUCUCAUGCCCUCCCAGGAUGGCGUUUCACUUUCUCUGAAGUUGUGAUCCCCAGGAAGGUGUCCCACAGGGUGGGUGGAACUGAGAGACAAGGCCAACUCUCCUACAAGAUUCACUUCAGGGGUCAAAGACAUGUGAUUCACAUGAAAAUCAAGAAGAACUUGCUGCCCAGGCAGUUUCCGGUUAUCACCGAUAAUGAUCAGGGCGCCAUGCAGGAGGACUACCCCUUUGUCCCCCGAGACUGCUACUACUACUGCUACCUGGAAGGGGUUCCUGGCUCCAUGGGCACACUGGACACCUGCUACGGGGGUCUGCGUGGCAUGCUGCAGGUAGAUGACUUCACUUAUGAAAUAAAACCGCUGGAAACUUCUUCCAAAUUUGAGCAUGUGGUUUCUCUGCUCGUGUCACAAAGAAGAUUAUCGGGUAUUGAAAGGUGUAAGAUUGAAGAGCACAAUACAGAUCAAGAAUACGAAGAGACAAUUCUUGCUGGAACUCCUAGAGCCGCCCCCGUGUAUUUGUGGUGGCCACAUAAGAAAUACUUUAAAAUCCACUACACAACUUCUAAGUCAUUAAUUGAAUUGGACAAAAAUCUCACACAUGUAAUAGAGAGUGUGAUGGUUUUGAACAACAUAUUACAUACCAUCUACAAACCAGCUCUCCUAGAUGUCUACAUACGUGUUUUGUGCAUAUGGGAUAAAAGGGAUAAGGUAGAUUUAUAUGAAGAGCAAGAGAUUCAAAAUAUCAUGACUGAUUUUGGUUUGUGGAAAUACUGGGGUUGGUAUAACGAUAUUCCUCAUGAUACUUCAAUGCUUCUUACAGGGGAUAGAAUUGGUGGGGCCUCAUACUAUGGCCAACCCAAUGGAGUGUGCAACCCUAAGUGGGGCGUGGCAUAUGUAUAUAUGACAAGAUACCAUGUAUUUUUGGCUGCGGCUGUUGCAGCACAUACCCUAGGUCAUAAUUUGGGCGUUGAUCAUGAUACACCAGGUUGUCAAUGCUUUCGAAGAAAGCACUGCGUCAUGGCUCCUGAGCCUGGUUUAUUGGAUAUGAUGAGCAACUGUACUUACGAAAAAAUACAUCACAAGGUCACUAUAUGGGAUCCUUGUUUGAGCAGACCAAAUGUACGGUACACCAAUUUUCCUUACAUAGCUGCUCGUUGUGGUGACCUGUUCGUGGAUCAGGGGGAAGAAUGUGACUGUGGCUCCUUAAAACAGUGUUCUACUAAUAAGUGUUGCAAGAGCGAUUGUAUCCUCACCCCUGGCAGUGAUUGCAAUGGAGGAACCUGCUGUGUCGACUGCAAAUAUGCUCUACCUGGAUUGCUUUGCAGAGACAGGCUUGGUAUUUGUGAUCUCCCAGAAUACUGUGAUGGGAGGUCGCAUAAUUGUCCUAAUGACUUUUACACCCAAGAUGGAACUCCAUGUUCACCAUUGGCUGUCUGUGUGAGAGGAAACUGCAGCGAUCGUGACCUGCAAUGCCAGUCCCUCUUCGGCCACCAAAUAAAAGACGGUGCACCAGCAUGCUAUCAAAAAUUAAAUGUCUUAGGUGACCGAUUUGGGAACUGUGGGGUGAAGGGGAUACGAGGAGGAGGAAAACCGGUGAAGUGUGAAGAACGUAAUGUUUUUUGUGGACUACUGCACUGUCGUGAUGUCAAAGAAAUUCCUGGUGGAGGUGAGCACACUGUAUUUCGUCACAUAAUAGUACGUGAUGUCAAGGAAGAGUUAUGCUUUGGAUACGAUGCACACCAUGGGAUGAAUCUGCCAGAAAUGGGGCUUGUCGUGGAUGGGGCAACGUGUGGCCCAGGAAGGCAUCAUUGGUGCCUUUCAUCAUUUAGAAGAGAUGACGUAAGAAGAGGAUAA